AUGUAUGAGGUAUAAGAACUUAUAGAAAAUAAUUUAAUUUUAGUUGGCGCUACAGCUAUAGAAGAUAAGAUGCAAGAUAAAGUAGAAGAAACUAUAAAUGAUUUAAAAAAAGCUGGAAUAAAAAUAUGGGUUUUAACAGGUGAUAAAGUUGAAACAGCAAUAAACAUAGGAUUAUCGUGUAAACUCUUGUCAAAAAAUAUGAAUUAAUAUAUUGUUAAAUUAUCAGGAGAUUUCGAUUAAAAAUUAGACGAAAAUUCUAUUUACAUUGAAGUAUAUUAACGUCUUCAGGAUAUUUAUAAUUAAAUAAGUUAUAAUAGAGAUAAAAAUGGUAUAAUAUUACUUAAUAAUUCAUUUAUUAUUACAGGAGAUGCAUUAAUUUAUUCAACAAAAGGUGAAAAUAAAGAUUUAAUAUUAAAAAUUACAAAUUAUUGUUCUUCUGUACUAUGUUGUCGUGUUAGCCCUAAAUAAAAAUAAUAAAUAGUUACUUUAGUUAGGGAUAAUAAUCCUAAAAUAUCUACUUUGGCUAUUGGGGACGGGGCUAAUGACGUUAAUAUGAUUAAUGCGGCACAUAUAGGUGUAGGAAUUUUAGGUAUUGAAGGAUAAUAAGCUGCUAGAGCUAGUGAUUACGCUGUUGGAGAAUUUAAAUUUUUAAAAAAUUUGUUAUUUUUUCAUGGGAGAGAAUGUUAUAGAAGAAACACGAGACUUGUUUGUUUUAGUUUUAUAAAAAUAUGGUUCUUAAUUUUCCUAAUUUUGUUUUUUUUUUCAAUAUAGGUUUAUGAUAAUGAAUACUAAUAUAAAACUCUUCUUUAAAAUAAAUAAAAUUAUUAUGAAUAAGGAAUAAAAAAUAAAUUACUUAAUAUGAAAGUAUUUGGCUAUUGGAUUAUGAAUGCAUUUUGGUAAUCAAUCAUAAUAACAUUUUUUAGCUAUUACACAUUAGAAUCUAACUUUAUUAAUUCAAAUGGCUUUACUUUGAACUAUUGGACUGAUGGUGCUUUGGUAUUGACAAUAGCAAUAUUUAUUGCUAAUUUAAAAGUUUUAAUUAUAUCAUUUUAAUAUAAUUUGGCUUAUUUAUUAUUUAUCAUUAUAUCUAUAUUAUAUUAUAUAAUGAUGACUAAAGUCAUUCCUUUUAUGUUUAGAUAAUCAGAUACUUAUUCAGUUUUUAAUGAUAUACUUGAUUGUCCUAAUUUUUAUUUUGGAAUUAUACUUUCAAUUGGUAGUACUUCCUUUUUAGAUUAUGGAAUAGAAUUAUGGAAUCGUUGGAAUUAAGAUUUAUAAUAUAGAAAUAAUUAAAAAUAAAAAAUAUUAUAAGAAUAUUAUGAUUGAUAGAAAUUUAUUUAUAAUAUAUAUAUCCUGUUUUUAAUAUUUUAUCCUAAUAUU